CCGUCAUGGCUCUCCGUGCAGAGCCGCCGAACACAUCGUUUGGAUAGACGCUCGCAUAGCCUAUCCAGCCUCCGGCUUUUGUGCAACGGCUGGUGACGUCUGCACCAGAGACGAGACGGAAGGAGCGCCCGUAUUGAUCGGCGCGCGAUACUAGCAGGGAUGCGAGUGGGGGCGUGCUUCAAAAACCUUCAAUAUGCACGAAAGACGCGGCUAGCGAGCACAAAACACAGUUGUACACGCCUAUUUCCACCCUCGAAAAUCAACACCAGCUCGUGCCCGCCCUUUGUUGUGUAGUGUAUGUCAUGUCGACCGCAGACAAGACUUCAGCGCCGUCCGAUGCCACCGAUGCGGUGCUCAAGCCGUCUGAGCCUGUGCCCGAGGGCUCCAGAGAGGUACACGGCAUCGACUUCAACCAGUAUGCGAAGCGCAGUAUCACCGUGGAGGAACUUAUAGGCGGGUAUGCGAACAUGGGAUUCCAGGCGACGUCAGUUGGAGAGGCAGUGCGUAUUAUCAACGACAUGCGUGCAUGGCGAGACCCUGAAACGGACGUUGGAACUACCGUCUUUCUUGGAUAUACUUCGAAUCUGAUAUCUUCUGGCCUGCGCGAGACGUUACGAUACCUAGUCCAACACAAACAUGUAUCUGCUAUUGUCACGACUGCUGGCGGAGUCGAAGAGGACUUUAUCAAGUGUCUUGCGCCAACCUAUCUGGGUUCUUUCUCUACGCCGGGUGCCGGGCUGCGUGCUAAGGGGAUGAAUCGCAUAGGCAACCUCGUUGUACCAAACAGCAACUACUGCGCCUUCGAAGACUGGGUCGUGCCCAUACUCGACGCCAUGCUAGAAGAGCAAGAAGCUAGCAAGAAGACGGAUGAGCCAAUCCAUUGGACUCCAAGCAAAGUCAUCCAUCGUCUUGGUAAGGAGAUCAACGACGAGCGAUCCGUCUACUACUGGGCGUGGAAGCACGAUAUCCCAGUGUUCUGCCCAGCGCUGACAGAUGGGAGUCUCGGCGAUAUGCUGUAUUUUCACACAUUCAAGUCAUCGCCAGAGCAGUUGCGAGUCGACAUUGUGGAGGAUAUUCGGAAAAUCAACACUAUUGCGGUGCGAGCGAAGAGAACUGGAAUGAUCGUUUUGGGAGGAGGAAUCGUCAAGCACCAUAUUGCCAAUGCCAAUUUGAUGCGCAACGGAGCCGAGAGCGCCGUGUAUAUCAAUACGGGGCAGGAGUUCGACGGAAGCGACGCAGGAGCACGGCCAGAUGAGGCGGUCAGCUGGGGCAAGAUCAAGCUCGAUGGCGAUAGCGUCAAGGUGUAUGCAGAAGCCACCGUAGUGUUUCCACUCAUUGUAGCUGCGACAUUCGCAAGGUCGCCAAACCACAUACACCACGCGCGUGUGCCCACCUCACCUCCACCGCCACCACCACACGUCGACAUGAGCACAAGCAUCUCCACAAACGCACUAGCGCCUGUUGGGCAAUCGCAUAAUCGGGACGAUGCAGACAUGCAGGACGGAGAAAGUUUGGUAAGCGGGCAUGAGGCGGUGAACACCAUCUAUGCUGGAAACUGCAAUACAAGCAACGACAUCGCAGUCCAAGUCGCAUCCGUAGACGAGGACGCCAUGGACACGACACCAGACAUCGACCAAGACCUACUGCCACCAAACAGCUCAACUAAUGCUCUCGGAGCGUCUGCUAUCACCCCGACUUCGCCAGCGUCAACUGAAGCUGCUCAGGACGAGCCAAGUGGCAACGAACAAGUUCUCCCAGCGGCUCUCACAGAUGAUGCGACACAGACAGAAAAUGCUCCUUCGAUAGAUGCCCCUCCUAUCGAUUCCAACCUACAACCUCCACCUCCCCCGCCGCCCGUUGAACCUAUACGGUCUGACUCCGAAUCAUCUGAUGACGAGGAUGAUGGUCUUCAGCCAUGGCACCCGAUACAAGAAGAUAAAUCCUCGCCAGACGAAGUAGAGCUCGAGGAGAUCGAGUCGUCGUCCGAGCACAGCGCUCUCGACCAUGAAUAUUGGGAGAGCAAGGCAUUUCUGCCCUUGGAGGAGCCAGAAUACACUGCCGGUGAAACUGGGCGUAUCGAGUGGGCCAUUGACGCCUACAACGGAACACGCGAGAAACCUAAUCGCGAAAUCGUUAUGAAGUCAGAACCAGUAACCGUUGGCGGGCACCAAUGGCAGAUUAAGUUCUACCCCAAAGGCAAUGAUUCGGACUAUCUUAGUGUGUACCUGGAGUGUCUGAGUGCUAAAGACAAAGACAAAGAUAGCAAGAAAGAUGACGAGAGGAGUGAGAGGGCUGCUGCGGAAAAUUCGAGAAAAGACUCGAAACAACACGAGGAGAUGGUUAUCAAUGAACACAUAUCAGUAGAGACCGCAUCGCCAGCUCCUCCAACAGACCCUCAGCAUACGCCAUUGCCAAUUCUAGGGUCGAAGACAAUUCCGAAACGAAAUUGCGUAGCGGCCCAGGUAUCAGUCGUUUUGUACAACCCUUCCGAGCCUCGCGUCAAUUAUUCCAGGACAGCGCUGCAUCGAUUCUGUAAUGGAUCGCCUGAUUGGGGAUGGACGAGAUAUCAUGGGCCAUAUUAUGACAUCCCGCAUCGCAUGCGAGGUCAGCGACAAGCCCUUCUCCGCGAUGACAAACUCGCGUUUACUGGCUAUAUUCGAAUCGUCGAAGAUGAGACACACUGCUUGUGGGAACACCCCAGUCGAGACAAUCCGUGGGACAGCUUUGCAAUGACGGGGUUGCAAUCACUGAUGCUCGGCGAAGACGCUAGUGCGCCUGGCGGUAAUGUGAUUUCUGCGGUUGCGUCGUGGAUGCUAUUCAAACCAUUCCGAAAUCUGCUAUACAACACUAACGCGCCCGACCCACAAGAUGAACCUUUUGCUCAUCCCAAGCCGCUCCUCCAUGCUCUGCAAAAGGUUCUGUACAUGCUUCGUACGCAAGUUGAACCUGGCGCUGGCGCAGUUACUUUGGAUGACGUUAUAGAUGCGCUGGAGUGGUACGGUAUUCAUGAUCGCCUUGACAAACUCGAUGUUGUGGAAAUAUGGGAAAUUCUGAAAUCCAAAUUGGAGCAGGAACUGCACGACACACCUCAAGCUCCCAUCUUCCAAGCUCUUUUCGGACCAAAACGAGACUACUCUUCUGGAGUGCCUACCUACCGAGUACCUGCUGUCAGCGUCAAAAGCACACAGGAGGCUGUGAACACAUCAGCAGACUUUACGCUUCCUGGACAGAGUCUUCCGCAACUAUUGACCAUUGAACUGGACCGUCAGGACUUUGAUGUGAAGACUCGGUCGUACGUCAAAGUAAUGAACAAGGUUACUUUAGAUGAUCACAUCACAGUUGGUGGCACUCAGUAUACUUUAUACGGGCUUGUGGUCCAUAAGCAGACCCUGCAGUCAUACGUCUACCAGCCCAUUCUUCGACCUGAAGGCCCUGGCACUAAGUGGUACAGCUACUCAGAUAGCAAGGAUGAAAACCAAGUGAAGUGUCUGACAAAGCGGCAAGCUAUUGAUGCUCACGAAGGCAAAGCCGGCACUGAGCGAAUCGUUGGUAAUGAUCCAGUGGCAUAUAUCGUCAUGUAUAUACGUGAUGAUAUAGCGCAGUCUGCGUUCACUGCAGACACUGGCUCCGAGUCAUGGGAUGUCCCCAAGAGGAUACUGGCUGAAAUGGAGAAGACAAAAGCAGCCAGUGCACCGCCACCAAUGCCCCCAAUGCCGACAUUGCCACCACCGCCUAUUGAAGAGCCAGCAUCUAAUACUGACAAAGAGGACAAGCCAACAGAGAAAAAGAGUACGGAGCCAAUACAAGUGCACGACUACCAGGUAAUUGACUCUCGAGUCUUCGCAGAACAUGAAGGUCCGGGCAUCUUCAACGCAUAUGACUCAAAGUGGGAAACAAACAACUCGGGGCUGAUGACUAUGGUACAACUAAAAAGCAACGAUGGCUGCAAGGAAAUUCGCGAGAAACUUACAACAGUACUGCAGGACAUCAAGGAUCCACGGCAAGUGAAGUUCUGGUUCCUGGAUCCUACAGGAGGAUCUUUCGGCCGACCCAACAUCCUAGGCACUGGGAAGAUUGAGUUCUCGAGCGGCAGCUACGAUUGCUACAAGAACGAGAAAGAAUGGAAUCUACAGCAGUCACCGGUUUCCUGUCGUCGCAUCUGGGCGCACGUCAUCGACUUUGACAAACUUCCUGAACUACCCAAGGAAGAAGAGAAGGUACUGGAGAGUGUUGAAGAGCCUCAGGUCUCGACAUCGCCAGAUGAAGCUCGAGCAGACAGAAGCGUUGCCGAAGCUGAAGUCACGCCACCAACAGAAGUACUACCACUGUCAGAAGACACACCUAUGAGCGAGCCCGAUGAACCGCCAGUGAUACAGCUUGAGCCACAAAUACCUAAUGGCGUAACUCCUACUCUGCCCGUCAAUACGGGGAACGGCGACACCGCCAUGGUUGAAGUGGAAACAGCUUCCAUGCCCGAUCCUCCAACCGUGGAUGUAGUCAUUCCAGCACUUGGUGACACGGAGAUGAGUGGUACGCAAGACGAUCUACCGCCACCUCCGCCGCCGCCGAUUACGAGUCUUCCAGAUGAGCCUGCACAACCACCACCCCCGCCAGAAUGCACCCCAAGACCUGAGCCUCCAGCAGAUGAGAUAUACUUCUUCUUGAAGUUCUUCAAUCCAGAGAAGCAGAUUCUGGAAUCACGUGGCUCGCACGUCGUUCUUAAAUCUGCAAGAGUGGACGAUACUGUUGUGGAUCUUCUUGGUAUGUCCUCGGAGGACAAGAAGAAGCUCGAGAUCUGGGAGGAAGAAGAGCUUUGCACCACGCGGUCAGUUAAGCACCGACGCACGUUCGCGCAAGUGGACCUUCACAAUACUGCCAUCAUCAUCGUAGCUUUGCCGCAGACACCCGAUCAACGCAGCGCUCUGGCUGCUCGCGCCGCGUUUGCUGAUCCUCAACCCCUGCUUACGUUCCGCGCUUCUGCUCGUAACUUCCCUUGGAAGAUGAAUGGGCACUUCACGUACGACUACUUCUCCUCACAGUACUACAAGGGUGAGAUGAAGAACGGCCACCGCCAUGGGCACGGCUACCGCAUCUACCACAGCGGCGCUACCUACGAAGGCUCGUUCCGCCUCAGUCAGCGCCACGGCCACGGCCUGUACACGUUCCAAAACGGAGACACAUAUGACGGCGACUGGGUGGACAACCAGCAACACGGCUCCGGCACCUUUGUCGAAGCCGCGACGGGCAACACGUAUGUAGGCGGAUGGAAGAAUGACAAGAAGUUCGGCGAGGGCGUCACGCAUUGGAAGAACGCUCAGGAGGCUGAGAGGCUUUGCCGUAUCUGCUGGGAAGAUGCGGCGGAUGCGGCGUUUUAUGAUUGCGGGCAUGUGGUGGCGUGUCUGCCGUGUGCUAGGGAGGUGCAGAAUUGCCCGGUGUGCAGGAAGAGGGUGCUGAGUGCUAUGAAGCUUUACUAUGUGGCGUAAGGUAAGUAAUGUCUACCGUCGGUGAGAUUGGACGGACGUCAAGACGAAGGUGAAGAUGAAGAAGAAGAGAGAAUGGAUUAUACCUGGUGGAUUUCGACAGAAGGGGU